UUUCCUUUAGCUGAUAAUUGUUAGGUUAUUGGACGAAUUAAAUUAAAAUUAAAAUAUAAAUCUGAUCAUUGAUCAUCAGUAAAGAAAAUGAGGCUGUCAAAGAAAGCCACAUGUAAUUCACACGGCCAAGAUUCUUCCUACUUUCUAGGAUGGCAAGAGUACGAGAAGAAUCCUUACGACGAGCUCCGUAAUCCCGACGGAAUUAUCCAGAUGGGUCUUGCUGAGAAUCAGCUCUCAUUCGAUCUACUGGAAACAUGGCUAGCAGAAAAUCCAGACGCAGCUAGUUUCAAGAGAGAUGGAGACUCCAUUUUCAGAGAGCUUGCUCUCUUCCAGGAUUACCAUGGCCUCCCUGCUUUCAAGAAUGCUCUGGCACAAUUCAUGGCAGAAAUCCGAGGAAACAAAGUCAACUUCCAACCUAACAACCUAGUCCUCACCGCCGGCGCCACGUCAGCUAACGAAACCCUCAUUUUUUGCCUCGCCGACCCCGGCGACGCCAUUCUCGUCCCCACUCCUUACUAUCCAGGGUUCGACAGAGACCUAAAAUGGCGAACCGGAGUGGAAAUCGUGCCGAUACAGUGCACCAGCGGCAAUGGAUUCAGGAUCACUGCACCUGCUCUAGAGGAGGCUUACCACCUUGCACAGAAGCGUAAUCUCAAAGUUAAGGGCGUAUUAGUCACUAAUCCUUCUAAUCCACUCGGGAUUACCCUCACGCGCCACGAGCUCAACCUCCUCGUUGACUUCAUCGACGCCAAAGGCAUCCACCUCAUCAGCGACGAGAUUUACUCCGGCACCGUCUUCACCUCCCCGGAUUUCGUCAGCAUCAUGGAGGUCUUGGUCAACCGGAACUACGCCGGAACGGAGCUUUGGAACCGGGUCCACAUUGUUUACAGCCUGUCAAAGGAUCUCGGCCUCCCGGGUUUCCGGGUCGGGUGCAUCUACUCCAACGACGGCCGGGUUGUGGCGGCGGCGACAAAAAUGUCGAGCUUCGGCCUGAUAUCGUCGCAGACUCAGUACCUCCUCUCCGCCAUGCUCUCCGACGAGAAGUUCGCCGGAAACUACAUCGUCGAGAACCAGCGGCGGCUGAAGAGCCGCCGCGAAAUGCUGGUGGGCGGGCUGAAAAGCGCGGGAAUAUCCAGCCUGGAGAGCAAUGCGGGGUUGUUCUGCUGGGUUGACAUGCGACACAUGCUGACGUCAAAAACCUUCGAAGCGGAAAUGGAUCUGUGGAAGAAGAUUGUGUACGAAGUCGGGUUGAAUAUCUCGCCCGGUUCGUCGUGCCACUGCGUCGAACCGGGUUGGUUCAGGGUUUGCUUCGCCAACAUGUCGGAAGACACGCUGGAGCUGGCCAUCCAACGGCUGAGAUCGUUCGUGAAAGGCAUCUGCUCCGGCGGCAAGAAUAAUAACAGUAGUACCAAGAAUUCGAGCAAGAAUAACUCGAGAAGGAAGAUUCUGUCAAAAUGGGUUUUUCGGCUAUCGUUCCAUGAUCGUGAUCAACGUGAGCGAUAAGUCUUUUCAGUGUGAACUGAAUAACACCCACCAUUAAUUAUUUUUUUAUUAUUUUCUUUUCUUUUUUUUGAAACCCUUUUUGGUUCAUUUAUUUAGAGAGAGAAAGUGGUGCACUCUGUCCCAUGUGGACGUGAAGUGUUUGAAUUGUGCUUCAUUUAUUAAUUAUUUUAUUUUAUUGUAAACCCUUGUUUAAUUUUACUCAUGGUUUGAUGAAAAAGUUGUC